AUGGCAUCUCAAAGGAGAAGGAGAAAUGCUAAUGGUGCUGAUGAGAUUGCAGAAGCCAUUCAUCGUAUGGUGGAUGCGAUGCAAAAUCCUAUUCCAGCACAGCUGAGAGUGGCAAUUGCACCAGUGAGGGUGCUGACAGUGGAGGAUUUUCUGCGUCAUAAGCCCGUAGAAUUCACAGGUGGGGCCACUCCAGACGAAGCUGAUGCGUGGCUUCGAGAGUGCGAAAAGAUUUUUGGAGUAAUGAAUUGUGCUGACGAGCAGAAGCUGGCUUUUGCUGUGUACCUGCUGAAUAAUGAUGCUGAAUACUGGUGGGCAAGCAUACAACAACAAAUGGAGACUAAGGAGGAGCAAGUGACAUGGGCCAAUUUCAGAAUCCGUUUCUUAGAGAAAUAUUUUCCAGAUACAACUAAGCAAGACAGGGAGGCGGAGUUCUUGGCCCUGCAACAAGGGAAUAUGUCGGUGCAAGAAUACGUUAAUAAAUUCGAGCAUCUAGCAAGGUACUAUUCUCAAGCAAUCAUUGAAGAGUGGAGGUGCCUUAAGUUUGAGCAGGGACUCAAGCAUGAACUGAAGAAGGUGAUUACGCCUCUGAGAGAAAGAAGAUUUCCAGUCUUGGUGAAACAAGCCAAGAGCGCAGAGUAUCUAGAAAAAGGGCGAAAUCCAGCAAGUUGA